GACCGCUUUGGAGCCGCCGGGCGCUGGCACUGGCAGCGCUGCCGGCCGACAAGCGGGUGAGAGGCCGGCGGCCACACUCCUUGGGCAGAGCCUGGACUUCAGCCGCCACCCGCCGAUCCAAAGUCCGGCACCGGGCAGCGUCCCCUUGCCUUUUACUUUCUCCACGUCUCACUGCGGCUCUCUGCCCCAACCAGGGGGAGUCUGUCGGAGGUAAGGAAGCGGAGCCGAAGCCUGACGGAGAGGGCCGGCGGCUAGAGGAUUGGGGGAUGUCUUCUCCUGACAUCCCAUCCUUUCGAGUCCAGCGGGAGCGGCCGCCGCACGGACCGAGCCCUCUGUAACGGUCCCUGGGAGCCCGGAAGGAGAGGGAAAGAGAGAGAGACAUCUUCCAGGGGCGCAGAGGGGCUCAUAAUGGGCGUCCCUUCCCCUCCGCCAGCCUGACCCCCGCCAUGGUGCCGGCGUCCGCCCCGCUGAGCCUCUGAGCCCGGCCCCGCGGCACGAUGGCGGCGAGGCCGGCGGCCGGCCCGGACAUGGUGACCGAGACUCUGGUGGCCCUGCUGGAGAGCGGCGCGGAGCGGGUCCUGCUGAUCGACAGCCGGCCCUUCGUGGACUACAACACGGCCCACAUCCUGGAAGCCGUCAACAUCAACUGCUCCAAGCUCAUGAAGCGCCGGCUGCAGCAGGACAAAGUGCAGGUGACCGAACUCAUCCAGCACUCGGCCAAACACAAGGUCGAAGUCGAUCCGGAUCAGAAGGUGGUGGUGUACGACCACAGCUCCCAAGAUGUGGCCUCGCUCUCCGCAGACUGCUUUCUCACCGUGCUUCUGGGGAAACUGGAGAAGAGUUUCCGCUCGGUUCACCUCCUCGCCGGUGGCUUUGCCGAGUUUUCCCGCUGCUUUCCCGGCCUGUGUGAGGGGAAGUCCGCUCUGGUCCCCAGCUGCAUCUCCCAGCCCUGCCUGCCCGUCGCCAGCGCCGGUCCGACCCGCAUCCUGACACACCUGUUCCUCGGCUGUCAGCGUGACGUCCUCAACAAGGAGCUGAUGCAGCAGAACGGUAUCGGCUUCGUCCUCAACGCCAGCAACACGUGCCCGAAACCCGACUUUAUCCCCGAGUCCCACUUCCUGCGCGUGCCGGUGAACGACAGCUUCUGUGAGACCAUCCUGCCGUGGCUGGACCGGUCGGUGGAGUUUAUCGAAAAAGCCAAGGCCUGCAAUGGUUGUGUGCUCGUGCACUGCCUGGCGGGAAUCUCGCGCUCGGCCACCAUCGCCAUCGCCUACAUCAUGAAGAGAAUGGACGUGUCCCUGGACGAGGCGUACAGGUUCGUCAAGGAGAAGAGGCCGACCAUCUCCCCCAACUUCAACUUCCUCGGCCAGCUCCUGGACUACGAGAGGAAGAUCCAGAGCCAGGCCGGGGCCCUCGGGCCCAGGAGCAAACUGCAGCUCCGGCACCUGGAGCGGGCGAGCGAGGCGGGUUCCCGGGCGGGGGCCACCCCCGACCCCACGCCAGCCUCCGAGCCCGGCGGCGGGCCGGCCGGCGGCGGAGAGGACCGCGACGCCGACGCCGCUCUGCUCGAGGGCGUCAACGGGCUGCGCGUGGCCUCAGACAGACUGGAAGACAGCAACAAACUCAAGCGCUCGUUCUCCCUCGACAUCAAGUCGGUGUCCGGGACGUCCGGCUCCCGGCACGGCUCGUUCUCCUCCUCCUCCUCGUCCUCCUCCGAGGCCGUGGCUCCGUACAAGCCGCCCGGCGCCCUGGAGGGGAGCGGCAAGCUGGGCCAGUUCUCCCCGGUGCAGGAAGUGUCGGAGCAGACGCCGGAGAGCAGCCCGGACAAGGAGGAGGCCGGCCCCUCCGCCCGGCCGCCGGAGAGCCGGGACGUCCGGGGCCCGCCCUCCCCGCGGCCUGCGCCGACCCCCCUGCACCGGAGCGGCAGCGUGGAAGACAACUACCGCUCCGGUGGGACCCUGGGCUUCCACGGCAGCCGGCAGCCCCCGGCCAGUUCGGUGGCCGGACGGGGCCUCGAGAGCUGGGACCCCCAGGGCCCCCCGCCCGCCGCCUCCGGCUGGUAUUUCGCCCCCGAACCUUCCCGCUUCUGCUCGGCCUCGGCCCUGUACCGGGGCGGCUCGGCCUACAGCUGCGGCCAGCUGUCCGGGGGCGGCGGAGGCGGGGACCCGGCCCUGGCCGUGCGCCGGCGGCCCAAGCCCCGGGACCGGGCCGACUCGCGCCGGAGCUGGCACGAGGAGAGCUCCUUUGAGAAGCAGUUCAAGCGCCGCAGCUGCCAGAUGGAAUUUGGGGAGAGCAUCCUGGCGGACAGCCGGGCGCGGGAGGAGCUGGGGGCGGGGGGCGGCCAGGCCAGCUUCUCCGGCAGCAUGGAGAUCAUCGAGGUGUCCUGAGGGGGACCCACCUUGGCUGGGUGGCGGGGAGGAAGGGUGGGCGCCACGCUCCGCCCGCCGCCUUCCUCUUUCCUGGCUCGCCAGAAAAUUCCCUGUAAAUCUGAAAUAUAUAUGCGUGGGUGGGUGUGUGCGUGCGUGUACGGAUGUCCGGGUGAGUGUGUGUAUUGAUCGGAAGAGUGGGGCCUGAUCCCCAGUGGUUGGAAGUUGGGGGCUGAGUCGAGCAUCACUCUUUCCCCCCACCACCCCUGUGUCCAUUCGGCUGGGUGGGCCAAUUCCUCCUCCUCCUCCCCGGGUAGGUGGGCAGACAGGCCGGCGGGCAGGGGCUCCAGCCAAAUCUUGAGCACGUUGUCCCUUGGUGGGGGGCAGAAUGGGCCCCCCAGGGCAGGGCAUCCUGGGUGCACGUGGGGUGAAGAGAGAGUGGGGUGAAGGUGGUUUUGUGCCGGGCGCGGGGGUGCCCAAGUAGCCCGUUCCCGCCAAGGCCGGGCUCAGCCCCGGUGAGGAGGGAAGGAGGUUGGACGCCAGUCCCGGUGGAGGGUUUGGAUUCCAGCCUGUCAGACAAUUCGCAAGGGAGACCCUCCCCUCCCAGACAGGAUGCCCUCAAACCAUCACUUUUUGGCCCGUCCCUGUAGCACUGGCCACUGGUCCCAGUAGUGACCAUCACCCCCAGCCACCGGCUGCCCAGUCGGGGGCCCUAAGGCCCGCUGAGACGGUGAAACCGUUGAAUUCUCGGCCCCAUCCGUCGGUCGCUGCCCUUUGCGGCCGAUCCGGGCCGGCUUCCCACGAGGUCGCCCGGGGGCGUGGGCCGGUCCGGGUUCUCCGAUGAGGGAGGAGGAAGUGGAGGCGGGAGCGGGGCAGGCGAGUCACUUCAGUGGCCUGACUGCAGGAGCCAGGUAGGAAAGCAGGGCCGUCCUCAUCGUGGGACUCGCCACCCCCACCAACCACAGGGAAUUCGCUUCAGGUAAGAGCGCCUGCUCGGAGAGGGCCCGGGAGGCGACAGGGCUGUGGUGGAGUGGGAUGGGAUGGUGUGGUCUCUCCCUUUUGCCCACUCACCGAGACACGUGUGCACGGCCGGUUGUUCGAUCCGGACCAUGGGGAGGGAAAUGCCGGACACUGGCCGGGCAGGUGGGGCUUGCUAGGUUGGAAGCCAAGCCCCACCUCGGGCUGAGGUUGCCCCAGUUUCAAAAGAUAAAGGGAGCAGGCCCAGGAGGGAGGAAAGAAUACAGGCUCUCAGAGCGGGCAUCACUACAAGGUUCCCAGUGCCACAGCAGAAACCGGGGCAAGUUUUCCAGUGGCGACGGGCGCCUUCGGAAAAGUUUUAGCUGGAGUUCCCCUUGUCCUUACCCCGCAACUGAAUGGUUCGUCCGAGCCUCACCUUGAGUCAGAGGCCGGUCCUACUCCCGGGGUGGGUUAAUGAUUCCCAGCCCGGGGGGAUGGGGCUGGGAAUAGGGAUGAGGCCAGUACUCCAUCUUCUCCUAGGACACGGUAGCCAUGGUGGAGUGGUCCCUGGGCGUGCAGAUGGCGGCUGGGUCCAAAGCCGCCUGGAUGCGGGUAGCCCCGGGGCUUGCUGUGAAAUGAGCCGUGGUCCCCGGCCGCGGGCUGAACGGGCACGUGCUGGCCUUCCCCUUGUCCCUCUCUUUCACACAUACAAACACUCACACCGUUCUUGUCCACACAAAGCUAUUGGAUGGGGGGAGAGCCCCACCCGUCCACCCGCCUGUUGGCCUUUUUAGAAAAGAGGACGAGCGGUGUUUGGUAUGAAGAUGUUUGCCUGGUGGAAGACCAGCUCUUUCACGGUUCAAAAUUGUGUUUCUCAUUUCGACGUGUCGUGAGCGUUACAUGUAUGUUAAUAUGUUGAAAUAAAAUCAGAACUGGUACUGUUUCUAGAGAA